AUGGAUGCGAUCGCAACCGUGAGCGCGACCUGCUCUGCAGCGAGCAAUGCCAUUGCCAGGACGUCGCUCGCCCUGAACGACUUUGUCCGCGAAGUGCGCGAGUCUCGAUCGGAAUUCGACGCCAUCUCCACCCAGGUGCACUCCCUGGCGGGCGUUUUAGAUCUGCUCCGAUACGACGCCGCUUUCCUUCCCGUUCGGCUGGCUCGGCACACGCCCGCCGUGCUGGAUACGUGCCUAUCCCUGGUCAACGAGAUCGAGGGCUGCGUCUCGGUCCUCAAUCGGCCCGGGAUCUCAAAGGCAGAGAAGAAAUCGCGCUGGCUGGCAAGUCGCCAUCACGUCAACACGCUGCAAUGGACACUUGGCGAAUACAAGUUGGUGUUGGGUCUCGCCGCGGACUUGGUUGGGGCGAUCAAAUCGCAGGCAAGCGAUAGCGACGACCGGGACCUGUCGGAACACGGGCUGAGAUCGAACAGCGCGAGCGAGUCUAGCGAGUUGGCCACGGUUAUAGCCAGCAUCAUCGACGUGGCCAGCACUCUACAGAAGGAGCUGACCGAGAACGCGGCUCUAGCGAAGCUCGGACAGUAUCUCGAUGUCUUGCGAGAACAGGCUAUUGCUGCGGGAGGUUAUUCAGAGCCCCAAGCCCGCGAUCACCGUCGCACGGUCUCUUCGUCGCUUGGGGGCCCUCCUGACAGCGCCAUCGAUAUGAGCUACGACGACGCGGAAACUUCGCCACUUCCAACUCACACCGACAUCGCGCCGACGUCCUCUGCAGACCAUCCACGCAAGACCCGCGCAGAGGACGCCGAGGAGACAGACGACUUUGACGGUGAGCUCCAUGAGAUGCCAGUCCAAGUAGUAGUGCCCCCUCUGCCGCCACCCAGAUCGGCCGCGAGGCUUCGUUGCGCUGCCGCAACCCGCGAGCCCCGGCAAGUUUGGAGCGCAGCAGACAGCCGCUCUAGCGCGGACUACUCGGCAGCAACCCUCAGCGAGCCACCCAGCCCCGGAUCCUCGAUUUUCAGUUCAGGCACACCCAUCCGCCCCGCACACGACUCGUACUACACCGCCGUGACCGAGCUCUCGGAUCCUUUCGAGGACGGUAACUUCUCUCGCCCAGGGACGAGCACCCAUAGUCGCAGGAGUAGUAGUGUUGUUGGGCAGGUCAUCUCGUCCGCAUUUGAGAACCCCCGCGCCCACGUCCCUUCUCCCCCCGGCCGCCCGACAACUUCGGGCUCUGACGUCCAGGCCCCUUCCCACGACCGGUCCAAGUCCGACCCGCCUCGGCGCAGUAGCUCCAAGUUAUCCAUCUCGUUUCGCGGUCUCAGUCUGAAGCGGAGACCAUCCCUCAAACCUGUGCAGGAGAAUCCAAGUCCGAAUCCGGACCCAAACCUGGAUUCGGGGGCCGUCUUUGGCGUGCCUUUGGCACAGAGCAUGCAGGUGGCGAAGGGCAUCGCGGGCACCAGGCACGGCGACAAAGGGUCCUCGGUGCGUGAGUACCCGCUCUGCGUGCUGCGGUGCGUCUACUUCAUCCGCGACUGCGGUCUGGAGACGACACCGCACGCCUUCGGUGCGGACAGCGACUCUAAACUGCGCGUGGCCCAGCUCAGGGCGCUGUUCAGCGCGGCCGAGACGGGCUACGGCAAGGAUCUGGACUGGUCGGACUUCACCGUCCACGACGCCGCCGAUCUGAUCCUGCUCUUCCUCUCCGAGCUGCCCAAGCCGGUCGUCCCGGAGUCGGUCGCCAAGCGCUGGGUCUCGCUCUCCCGCCAGGCCGCCUCCAUCCGCUUGGACCAGGGCCUCGAUUUCUGGGAGGAGGCCUUCAUGGGCAUUCGCGGCCCGGGCCGCGCCCUGUUCAAGCUGCUGCUCAACCUGUGGGGGGAUAUCGCUGAUGCUGCCGCGGCGGCCGCCAACGAUGCGACGGCCGCCGAACGCCUGGCUGGCCGCGUGAUCCGUCCACUGAUGCACGCCUCGGCGACGCCGGCUUCCGGGCGCCACCAUACGGAUUUCAUGCUGGGCCUGGCCUUCUUGAUCCGGAAGCGCUCCGAGUAUAACCUGGCCGCGAGGGGUGUGGCGCGGAAGAGCAGCGCUGCGUUUCAGAUUUGA